AUGCGGCAAAACACAAGCGAUCCACCAAUCCCGGUCAACUUUGACCGCACCACACAAAUCAGCGGGAUCAACACUAUCCAGCAUUCCCAGCAUAACCAGGUUGAAAAACAACUCUGUUGUUUCGCAGGCUGGGGAGGGGAAUUUGAUCCUUUAGCUGACCCCGAGGAGCGCCGGGUUCUUUUCGCUAGCUUGGACUCGUUCAGACAAUACCGUCGAAACGCUCACCUGAACACGACACAUCGUCGGCGACAGGCCUUCUACGCUUUGCCUUCGGAGCACUGGAAAAUGCUAUCUGAGCCACCAUUCUCUAUCCUAGACAACUUCAACAAGGUGGAUGAUGCUAUCGACGCCAAUGCCGAGAUCGCCGAGGCAAUAUUGGCCGUCGGCCUCGAGGCCUUUGGGGUUUCUGCCAACCCAGACAAAGACGACCCAACCAAAAACUGGCACGGGACUGCGACAACAUCUGACGUGAACAAAGCCCACUCUACCAUCCGGCAGUUUUAUCGUGACUGGAGUGCCGAAGGCCGUAUUGAGCGCGAAGUUUGCUACGACCCAGUUCUCCAGGACCUACACAGCGAAUUUCAGGCGCGUCGUGCAGCCGGUGAGAAGAUUCAAGUCUUGGUCCCUGGUGCGGGGUUGGGCCGGUUGGUGUUUGAAAUGUGCAUGGCUGGAUUUGCCGCAGAAGGGAACGAGAUCUCGUACCACCAGCUAAUGGCUAGCAGCUGGGUUCUCAAUUUCACGGCGGGGCCUGAAGCGCACACGCUCCAUCCAUUUGCGUUACACUUCUCGAACCUCAAGUCUCGCGCACAGCAAUUGCGAUCCGUCAUGAUCCCCGACGUACAAGCGGGGAUGGCAAUCCAGUCGGCGGCUUCGAAUGGGGGCAUUGACGGGUCGAUGUCGAUGAGCACGGGGGAUUUUUUGGUUGUGUACAACAGGCCCGAUCAACGGGAAACGUUUGACGCAGUGGCGACGGUGUUCUUUAUUGACACGGCACCUAAUCUGAUUCGGUACAUCGAGGCGAUCCGACAUUGUCUCAAGCCGAAUGGACUCUGGACCAACGUUGGACCUUUGUUAUGGCAUUUUGAAGAUGGGCACAACCGCAAAGAUGAUGGUGAUGGUGAUGCGACGGGAAUUGGUGAAGCGGGUAAUGUGGAAUUGACCGAAGAAGAGGUAAUUGCUCUAAUCACUCGCAUGGGAUUCCGUUUCGAGACAAUGCCGAGCGAUCGGCAGUCUUGCGGCUAUAUCCAGGAUAAGGAUAGCAUGCUUCAGAACCUGUAUCAGCCUUCACAUUGGGUUGUGCGGAAAGUGGCUGAGACUGCCGAAUCCUGA